GCGGCGAAAGGAAAAUCCCGCGCACGCGCAGUACCACUUAGCUCGCCUUCUGAUUCGAGGCCUGAAUCCAUUUUUAAGAUAAAUUUCGACUUGAUCGAAACAACAGAACGCUUAAACAACGAAGUGUUAAUCCGUGAAACAUCCAUUAGUGUUGUUUUUCUUAACAUACUUAAAUAUCGCGAGAUUUUGAUCACCCGGCGGACUAGCUAGACAGCGCGAAACAAUACGUAAACUAUCCCAUACUGGGAGGUGGUGGAAGGUUUCUGGUACAUUCCAAAUCCAUUUGAAGGUGGCAUGGACAUACCGGAAGUGGUGCUGGAUGAUCACGGACUCCUGGACAUAAUAAUGCCGACAGGUACAGAGACCAAAGAGCAGGAUGUCCAGACUGAUGACUGGACACAAGAAAAAUGUGUCAACACUAAUGACAGCUGGGAACAUUUAAUGCGUGUCCUGAUCGAACAGAGUGGCGCGUUAGCGGAGGAGUGUCAGUCUCUGGAGAAACAGCAGACUGAUGACAAGCUCAAGCACAAGAGUCAAAUCCAAAGUUUGGAGAAGUUGAGAGAUGAGAAGAAGCGACAACAUCAGGCUGUCCUAGAGAAGAUUCAGUCAGUGAUUCUGAAAUUGAAUCUAAACAGCAACAAGACGACGAGGAAAACCUUCAAUGCCAAAGUUGAGGAGCUCACCGCUGAGAGGGCUCAAAAGCUGGAGGCGAAGAGAAGAUUCACACAAGAGCUGGAGGAGUUAGAUGGGAGACUGAAGAAGCUUACAGAAGAGCAGAGCAAUGAGAAGCUUAUAUGGGAGCAAGAGAUUGCGUCUUUGCAGCAGGAAAUGGAGAAACUCUCUAGACAAGUUGAAGAAUCCAGUCAGGCAGCACUAAAGGAUGAGAAAGCUGCUCUAGAGUCUCAGAGAGAGCUGGCUGUUUCUCAGGUAGAAGACUGGAUUGCAGAAGCUGAACGAUAUCUAAGCAUGCUCAGGUCAGACACUUCACAUCAGAGCAUCCAGCUUCGAAUUGAAUGGGAGAAGAAUGUUUCGAUGACUCGUACCCGACUGGAAAAACUCAAGUUAUCGUAUAAUGAAAAUCUUAAGCAGCUUCUCCAGGGGAAAGAGCUGGACAGUUUGCCUAAAAUCCUUCUUCCUCUUCUCCCUCACAUACCCAUGAUCGAUUUGCUGAAUUUCACACCUGUGAUUCACCCUCCACUGACCCAGCCGCAGUUUCACUCAGUCCGUAGACACGCUUCGGCGCCGGCUUCUACACACAACCCAGCGGUCUUCACACCACACACCCUGGAGCAGCACACACCUGUACCGAGGUCUGCCUUGCCCACCUCUGUCCAUUCCACCCCUAGAGCCUACACCCACCCAUACACUGCUGUCCCGGCAGCACCAGCUGGCACCACGAGUAGUUUCGCACCAGGGGUGGGGCCAGUGGCCUCAGUAAGAAACCCCUCCUCCCAGGCUCUUCCUACGAACCCACAACCUGUAGGCAAGCUGGACAAGCUGCUGGAGAAACUGGGCACGCAGUUCCCACAAUGCACCAGAACUCAGCUCAUGGGUGUGUUGCAGCAGGUUAAGAGUGAACGUGGCACCAUGGCUGGAAUGUCUGUUGAGGACAUCAAACAACAAGUGGAACAGAAACUAGCGCAAAGUGAACGGCCACCUCCAGGUCCCAUAGCACCCCCUGCAGGCUCCAGACACUCACACAGAGCUCCAGUCCAGCCUGCGCUGACCGCACAUCCCCCUGUCCAUGUGCCCAGCGCUCACGUCUUCCAGGCCCGAGGCCCACAGGCAGUUCCAUCUGUGCGCAAACUGUGUUUAAUGUGUCAGAACCACGUAGAACCCGGAACCCAGUACAGCACGAACUGCCCUCAUACGCUACACAAAGAGUGCAUCAGUGUGUGGCUGCAGUCCAGCAAGAACAACUCCUGCCCUUUCUGUCCCAGCAAAUAAACCCAUGUGGCUCUUUCUUCCACGUCACUGGUCCACGUGUCUCUGCUUUACCAGACACAGUUUUUCGUCAACGCUGAGGGAUCUGUAAACAGUAUUUGUAAAAAAAUUUUUUUUUCACAUGAAUCCAGCCAUGAGGUUAUGUUCUGUCCAUACAAAGAGACAAACGUUGCAGAACUCUGUGUAAUUAAAUGAUUUUAUUUUUGAAUAAUGUUUAUCAUUUUCCAUUAAAGACUUGGUAUACAAUGGUGUCAGUAUAAG